AACUGUCGCUCACCUGGUGACUUAAGUCAUGGUCUUAAAAUCGGUAAUAACUACACACACGGAAAAACAGUUCGAUACUCUUGUAACUUUGGGUACACACUUGAAGGCGAGGCUGAACUGACUUGUGUAGAUGGAAGAUGGAACACUGCCACUCCCAAGUGUAAAGGUUAGCGUUCAUUCUUGUUUUCUAAAAUAAAAGCUUGUGUUGAUUUUGGAGGUAAAGCGGGUUGUCUUAUUUGCAACAUUUCAAAUUUCGUUGCAGAUUUUUUAAUGGUUGCAAAAUGAAUUACAUAGCCCGCAACUUUGAACCGUUAAAACAAGAAUUAGCUCGUGUGCGUCUAUUCAAGUUGCAGUUACUUAAUACCCUGCAAUCUUUAUUUCUUCUUUUAUUGUAUUGUAUGUAAACGACAAAGGCUAAAAAUUAACGACCCUGUAAUUAUUACUAUAGCUGUUGAGUGUGGUGAUCCUGGCAAACCAACAAAUGGAAAGCAGAUUGUCAGAAAGGGCUACGUCUAUGGCGGAUCAGUCAAGUUUGUUUGCGACGAGAAUUACACUGUAGUGGGAGCUGAUGUUAUGUUUUGUCAAGCUAAUAAGAGUUGGAGUUCUUCUGUUCCACGCUGCGUG